GAUGCCUGCAACUCCGCGCUUUAUUCCUCUCCCUAGCAAGCCUCCUUCGGAAGUGAAGGAUUGGGAGGCAUUGAAUACCGAUAUCUCGAAUGCUCUGUUGAAGGAAUUAAAGAAGGUUCAGCGGUCUGCGAAAGAUGGGAAAGUGAGCAGGCACGACAGCAUAUAUACAGGGAUAUCUGGUAUAGCGUUUAUGGAGUAUCAUUUAGCCAGCAUGAAGACCCCUCUGCAGAACGAGAUCCUCGCCCCAAAUCUCAUGAUUGCUGUUGGCGACAGGAACCUUGCCAGAGCACUCCGCCACAACCAAAUCGACUAUGAAGUCAUGUACUCUCCCAGCCGUCUAUCCUUCACCGAGAGUUCCGUCGGUUUAGCCACCCUCGUUCUAGUCAGAGCGCCUUCUACUACCGAGCGAAUCGUUUCCGACAACUGGCAAGCAGCCAAGCGAUACCUGGAAUAUACGAUAGAACAGACGUUGGCUGAAGAUGCGGAAAUUUAUUCCCCAGGCGACAAGGAGGACCGAUGCGAAGUCUUGUACGGGCGUGCGGGUUUGUUGUACACACUCUUGUACCUCCGCAAACACAUCGAUGGUCGACCCCAGCAAGAGCAGGCGUCGUUCCAAAGCUUGACGUCUGAUGCGACGCUGUCUCGACUUGUGGACUCCAUUAUGCAGCGUGGACGGCAUGGAAGCCUUGUCUUGUCUUCGGAAUUCAGAGCAAAUGAUCUAGCACACCUCCCGCCUCUAAUGUGGACAUGGCACCGAAAGCGUUAUCUGGGUAGCGCUCAUGGCGUAGCUGGCAUAUUGCAAAUACUUUUGAGUUGCCCGUCUUCCAUAGUUCAGAAGCACCUUCCGGUCAUAUUUAGGACCAUAUCGUGGCUAGUCAACAUCCAGGACGAAUCCGGAAACUGGCCCACCAAAUGUCCCACUCAACGGGGCGUCACUGAGGACAGCGAUCUCGUACGAUGGUGCCAUGGUGCUCCGGGCAUGAUUAUACUUUUGUCGACUGCCCUUCGCAUUCUCCAAAUUCAAGAAGAUGUGAUCACCCUUGAAGAGCCGGCGCUGAACAAGCUGUAUCGGUCCUUACAGCUCGGCGCGCAAGCGGUUUACCAGCGAGGCCUACUUCGGAAAGGUGUGGGUCUGUGCCACGGCGCAGCAGGAAACGUGUAUGCCCUCCUCGCGACGUCAGACGUCAUCGACACCUCGUCCGAUAGACGUUAUUUUGCUAAGGCUGCGCAUCUCGCAUUUCUAGCGACAUUCCACGACGAUAAGAUGGUGCUAGAUAUGACGACUCCCGAUCAUCCAUGGAGUCUCUUCGAGGGUUUAGCAGGAAUGUGUUGCGCGUGGGCAGAGGUGCUGAGCCGCAUGGACACGAGGCUUCCAAGGCGUCCUUCGAGUGGGUUUCCUGCAUAUGACGACCUAUUCUA